AGACAGGCAGUUGGUGUGUGGCUGUGGAGACGAAAGGUUGUCCUGACGGUGCCCUCAUACAAGUUUAUAUUUUUUUUCUAUAUGUAUAUUGAGGGAAUUUGUGAAGCACAUUUUACAAGUUACAGUGCUACGCUGGGGUCAUUAUGGUCUGUGUUCGAGGCCACUGGUGUAUUUACGACGAUAGAUGAAGUGGCAUAAUUCGUAUUUAGGCGAUUUUCUUCCCCCAAGUCGUAUUUCGGUUGGGGGGAGGGAUAGAGGAAACGCCCUUUUUUCCAAAAUUUUCGAAACCACGUUUGUACGUACCCUCAAGUGCCUUAAGAGUAUUCAUAAAUAGUUGUUGACAGGCCUUUGGUGCUCAUCUUUGGCUCGAAAAGGUUUAGCGGAGAGUGUUAGUUGAGAAUUAUUGCAGCCGAAUUUGACACCCGUCUUUCCCCCUUCAUUUAUCAUACCAAGAUCCUCAAUUUUGAUAUCUGCUUCGUCGUCGUCGUCAGUGUAACCAUCGCUCUGAAGAUUUUAUACGCCCAGUAUUCAUGGUCAAAAGGAAGAUUAUACUUUGUAGAGAGGUAGCUUAGACCAAUUGAGGAACGAAUUUGUCACAGAUUGGGCCAAAUAUCUAUAUAUGGUUAUUAAGGGUUAAGCUAUUCAAGUUUCAGCUGGAAGUGGUUUUUGACACUGACUAGUCCAUCUGUUCCCAUAUAGUAUCUGUCACAGUGACUGAAUAGGCGGACGCACUGUGAAAGGCUGCCUGAAAUUGAGUAGGAAAAUUUCUUUGCAAGGCCUGGCCCCUGAUUCCUGUUCUUAAUAUCUGUAAAUAAAGUAGCUUCUGUGCUUCAUUAGUGAGCUGCUGACUCCGCCGAAGAAACGUGGGUAAGAAACUGUUCCGUGUAGCCUACACACCUUUUGCCUUAACCUUUGGAUAUUGUCCUGGGAAAUUAAGCCGAUUUUGACAGGGAAAAGAGAAGGGUGUGUCAUUUUUUCUUAUCACCAGCUCGUACUUGAGGUGUGAAUCUGGCGGACUUCUUGAGGGGUCCCAUGUUGACUACGAUGGUGGCUGGGCCGGGUCCCGCCUAUUACAUGGAGGGCUCAACCACCCACCACCUCGUUCACCAAGACAUGAAUCACCACCAACAACAUCACCACCACCACCAUCACCAUCAUCACCAACAGCAGCAGCAGCAACAAAUCGUGAGUGGUGGAGGAGGAGGAAUCGGCGUUUCUCAGCCUUCUCCAAGCAAUAACAACACCAACAGUAACAGCAGCAGUAGCAGUUCCCCCAUCACCACCACAAACUCCAACAGUAACAAUAUCGACAGUGGUGGAGGUGGUGGAGGGGGCGGCGGAGGGGUGGCACCACCCUUGCACCACCAUCAGUACACGCCCCCUCUGGCAACUGGGCCUCCCCCACCAUAUGGGCCUCCGGAGUAUUACCCUGGGGAGUACUACCCAGGGCCACCCCCGGAUUACUGUCACCCGUCCCAACCCCAAUUAUGUGCCGUCCAUGGCGUCCCUCAGCCAGGUCCGGCGAGCGUUCGUAUGGUGUCGAGCAACUCGUCGCCGCCGAUUCCUCUGCCGGUGCAGGUGCCGGCAGGUCACGUCGUUCAGCAAAUCGUCGACGAAACUGGUACCCUACGUCACGUCAUCCUAUCGGCGCAGCCCGUCCCCAUGCCCAUGUGUCCCUAUGGUCCAAACGCCGGGCAGGGGCCACCUUUCUAUGGACCGCCUCCUGGGCCUCCCCCCCAGGGUUAUGGGUCACCAUACCAACCACCAGCUCAGUAUUCUCCUGUCAUGUCACCGCCCCUGACACAGCCAUCGCCACCACCUGCAUAUCCACUGAAACAAGAGCGCCACGGACACGUACGACAGUUUGACAAAAUGCGCAGCAAAUAUUAUCCGCGGCCUCACAACCAGCAACACAAGUCAGGAUCUAGUAGUGUCCAAAGCACACCACCACUCUCGCCUAAGAAAGAACCUGUAGGUUGUAAAAAUGGAACAGAAGAGGAAGUUGUUGUGGUAGAGGAUGGAGACGACACAAGGAAUAGUCUCCACCAGUUGCUCUCUCAGGUUAAACAACCCAAGGUACUCGAUAUAACCCCACAUAAAGCAGUUUUACAGUGGACUGCACCGGAUCUAAGUGGACUUCAUGAUGAGGUUUCACGUUCAGAGAUACUUUACGAUGUCUUCCUAAACAAUGGCUUGUAUAUGACUGUUGCAUCAACCAAGCUAACCCUCAGUGACCUCAAACCAGCCACAGAUUACAAGGUCUAUUUGCAGUGUGUAUGUGGUGAUGUAAGGGGAGAUCCCAGUAGUGUAUCAACAUUCCAUACUCAGCCUACAGUGCCUGACUGCCCUCAGAUACCGAAAGUUAUACACAAAACAAAAACAUCCUUGCAGUUUAGGUGGUGUCCUGUUAAAGAUAAUGGAUCUCGUGUGACAUCAUAUAUAUUGGAAUUGUGUGGAGGUAAUGGUAGUGAUUGGACUGAAGUGUUCAAAGGUAGAGGAAAGCAGUUUACAGUGAGCAAACUACUGCCAAAUACCUGCUAUCGUGCACGUCGCGCUGUUAAUGAACAGGGAAGAAGUGAAUUCAGUGCUGAGAGCAUGGCCUACACCUGUGGAAGUGUACCAUCACAACCUCCUCCACCUAAUUUGGAACAGGCUUCAGUCACUUCACUUAGUUUGAUUUGGGUGAAAAGGCCUGAAGAUGAAUCUUUUACUUUACAAAUGGAGGAUUCUCUAAAUGGCUAUGGUUUCAGACCAGUUUAUAAUGGUCAAGAGACUCGUUAUAUUUGUCAGGGAUUACGAAGAAAUGCUGAUUAUAAAUUUAGAUUAUGUUCUCGUAAUGAAGAAGGUACAUCCCAGUUCUCUGACAUUACUUGUUAUCGUACCUUACCUGACCGGCCAAAGCCUCCAACUAAUAUUAAUGUUAAAGGACGUACCAAAGCUACAAAGUUUACUGUCUGUUGGUCUCCUCCAACUGAUCAUGGUGGAUCGCCAGUUACUUCAUAUAGGGUUGAAAUUGAUCGUGGCAAUGGUUUUGAAUGUAUUUACUCUGGGGAGACACUAGAAACGGAAUGCACUGAUCUUAAUCCUGGUACCAAUUACCGAGUAAGAGUGUUGAGCAUGAGUCCAGGUGGAAUGAGUGAUUGGAGUGACAUAGCAGUUAUCUGUACUGAAGCUGUUUUCCCUGGGCCGUGCCAACCUCCCAGACUCUUAGGCAAACCAAAAGCCUCUGUUUUGCAGCUUCAGUGGUGUGCACCAGAAUACGACGGAGGAGCAUCUGUCACAGAAUAUCAUAUAGAUAUGAUGGCUCCGGACAAUGAUAGGCGGCAGGUCUAUUGUGGCAGAGACCUUGAAUGUACUGUUGCCAGUUUAUUACCAGGAAGGCCUUAUAUAUUUUUGGUACGUGGAGUAAACCGCAUAGGACCAGGCCCAUGGUCGGAACCUUUAGAGGUAGUGAGUGGGGCAGGACCUCCAGAUGCUCCACAUGCUCCACACCUUGCUUGCAGAAGUCCUCAUUCUGUGCAGUUGGCUUGGGAAGAGCCAAUUAACAAUGGAGCUGGUAUUGAUCAGUAUGUUGUACAAGUUGCAGAGGUGUCUUGUCUGCAUGCUGAAUCUUCAGAGUCAUCAUCCACUUGUGGAGAUCCUGAAUCAGAGCUUACAUUUACCAAUGCCUAUACCGGAUCUGCAACUACAACAGAAGUAAGAAACCUUGCACCUGCUACUACAUAUGCCUUCAGGGUUUCUUGUAGCAAUAAUGUUGGCACAGGGCCAUGGUCUACUCAUGCUAUGGUAACAACUCCAGCUGCACCUCCAUCUCCAGUAGCUUAUAUCUCUUCAACAGCAGCUGCUACUUCAGUGACGUUUGUUUGGGGUGAACCUGCCAAUCAUGGUGACCCAGUCAUACAUUAUGUUUUAGAGAUUGGAGAUAAGACAGUUACUACUCCAGGGCCUGAAACAGAAUUUACAGUGGAUGACCUCUUACCAGAAACUCUGUACAAGAUGCGUAUCCAAGCAGUGAAUAGUGUUGGUGCAGGGUGCUUCAGUGCCUACCAUAAAGUCACAACUCGCCCUCUGCCACCUACUCCUCCUAAUAUUGAAUUGGUCAGAGCUUCAUAUAACUCACUCCGCUUGAAAUGGGGAGAUGGACGUAAUGUGGAUAUGCUUACAUAUUCAUUGCAGAUGGAAUUUUUAAACCCUCACAGUGGCACAAGGGAGUUUUAUCAGGUAUAUAGUGGCACCAAUCAAAACUUCAAGUUAGUAAGGCUUGAUGAAAACACAGAAUAUCGCUUACGGAUCUGUGCAAGCAAUGAAGCUGGUGUUGGACCUUACUCGCCAGUGGUUCAUCUGUCAACUACUAAAGCCCCACCCCCACCUCCAAAAGCUCCUCGUGUAACAGAAGGAUCAGAAGGAACUCAUUUAGUUGAGUGGUGUAGUGUGCGUUGCCCUGGCGAAGAUUCAAUGGUGUACCGUUUGCAGGUUGCUGUUAAAGACCAAGAUUAUUGUCUGGUGUAUACUGGAGUUGAAACUUCAUUUGCACUGACAGACUUAGAACCCCAGACUGGUUAUUAUGUGCGUGUUUGUGGUGUUCGUAUGUGUGCAGAUGGAGAAACUAUGUCUGGAUCUUAUUCUUCACCAACCCUUUUCAAUACUCCCAAGCCUGCACCUCUAUUCACUACAAAGAGAGCUGCCAAUCCCUCACAGGAGGCUGGAAUGCAGUGGCAUAUGCUAAGUGAUCAACAGAAAGCUGUUGUAAUUUUAGUGGUACUUUCUUUACUGUGUGCUGUUGCUGCAAAUGUAUUUUACCGCCUCCUAAUCCCAGGGACCGAGCGGUAACCCACCGACAGUGCUUAAACUUAGAUUUUUAUAAUUUAUGUUUAUGGUUGAAUAUAUACUGUAUGUGGUUGAACGUAUAUUGUGUGUAUAUAUAUA